AUGAAUAGUGGAAAUGGAAGCCCUAGCUCUUCUUUUUCCAAAUCACGGCAUCCGCACCGCCACAAAUUCCCAUCAAAUGCUACCAAUCAAUCCAAAGUUUCAACUUUUGCUCAAAGGGUCACUCCUCCUCCUACCACUGGUAGUAAUUAUAAUGCUUCUAUCUCUGAUUUCAAUAGCAGCCAAGAGGAUGCACAACAAUCUUCCAAUUUUGGGGUUUUAGUUGGAACUUGUCCUUAUAUGUGUCCAGAAAGAGAGAGGAUCCAGCGUGAGAAACUUCGCGAUUUGGCAGUUUUUGAGAGGCUAAAUGGUAAUCCUGGAAAAUCAUCCCCAGCUCUUGCAGUCAAGAAGUUUUGCAGAACUAUAUCCAGCAAAUAUGUUCAAGCAUCUGAUAUGCGGCCUCUUGCUGUAUUAGAAGAUACUUUAAAUUACCUUUUGGGCUUGCUGGAUUCUAAGGAGCAUCCAUUUGAAGUAGUUCAUGACUUCAUCUUUGAUAGGACAAGGUCUAUACGUCAAGAUCUUACUAUGCAAAAUAUUGUAAGCAAGAGAGUUAUCUACAUGUAUGAGGGAAUGGUGAAAUUUCAUGUUAUAUCACAUCAAAAGCUCUGGUGUUCUAUGGGUGAUCCAAACAUUGCAUCACUGCAUCAUCUUAACAUGGAGCAGCUCACAAAAACAUUGUCUUCUUUAUUUAAUCUGUACGAAGCAAAUCGAAAUUCAAAUAAUGUGCAUGAGAAUGAAGCUGAGUUCCAUUCAUUAUAUGUGCUUCUUAAUCUUGGUUCUCACAGCAAACCAAUGGGUGAACCGCUUUCUUUAUGGUUUAGUCGUGUAUCAACUCCGAUAUUGAAGUCAAAAGAAAUGCAGUUUGCUAGGAGAGUCGUACGGUCUUUCCGACUCUGUAAUUAUAUUGAUUUCUUCCGUACUGCUGCAGCUCAGGCAUCAUAUCUGCAGUACUGCAUUAUGGAGCCUUAUAUCAAUGAAGUUCGUUCGCUGGCUUUAUCUUGCAUAAAUUUCAGUGGCUACAAACUUCAUCCAUAUCCUCUGUUCAACCUUUCAAAACACCUGAUGAUAGAGGAAUCGGAUUUGGAAUUGUUAUGCCAUUCUUGCGGUCUUGAGACAUGUACAGAUGAAUCUGGAAAUAAGUUACUUCACACAAAGCAAACUACCUUCAGUCACCCCAAAGGUGGGUUCCAAAAAUAUAGUUUCUUGGGCUUACAAGAUUAUGGAAGGCAGUCUUAG